AUGGGAGGGACCUGGCACGUAGAGGGACAGCUGAAUGAGCAUAUCUGCGCCACUGCGCUCUACUAUUAUUCCAACGUCAACAUCACCGAUAGCACGCUCGCCUUCCGGCAACAAUCCAAUGCGGAGGACGCGACCGAGAUGCCAUAUGAGCAAGAUGAACACGCUUUCCUGACCGACAUCUUCGGGUGCCGGAACUACGAACCGGGCGUGCAGAACGUGGGCGGCGUGCACACGCGCGAGGGGCGCCUCCUCACAUUCCCCAACAUCCUCCAGCAUCAGGUGCAGCCGUUUGGGCUGAAGGACAGCACGAAGCCUGGACACAGGAAGAUCCUCGCGCUGUUCCUGGUCGACCCCCAUAUGCGCGUGCUAAGCACAGCGAACGUGCCGCCCCAGCAGAAGGAGUGGUGGGUUGAGCGACUGGAUGAGGUGAGGACGGGGUUGGAUAAGCUGCCUAGGGAGUUGAAGGAUGAGGUGUUCAAUGAGGUGAAGGAUGGGUUUCCGAUUAGCUUGAAGGAGGCGAAGGAGCUUCGAGAGGAGCUGAUGGAGGAACGGAAGGCAUUUGAGAUCAAGCAUGACUCGGCGUUCAAGGCCAUCGAGUUUUCGCUUUGCGAACAUUGA